AGCAAAUAUGUUGAGUCUGUUUGGAGUCAUGGCUUUCAGGCUGAUCUCUGUGACUCUGCUGAUUCUCUGCACACAAGAGAGUGUGGCACAGCUAUCUGUUUGUGGUCUGGCAAAUCUGAACAACAGGAUUGUUGGAGGACAAAAUGCUCCUGCAGGGUUCUGGCCUUGGCAGGUCAGUCUGCAGACAUCUUCACACUUCUGUGGAGGAUCCCUCAUCAACAACCAGUGGGUGCUGACGGCCGCUCACUGCUUUCCAAGCCGGAGUGCAUCUGGUGUGAACGUAGUUCUGGGUCUUCAGAGUCUGCAGGGAUCAAACCCCAACAGAGUGUCUCAAACAAUAGCAACUUUAAUCAUUCAUCCAAACUACAACUCAAAGACAGAGGAUAACGACAUUGCUCUCCUGCAGCUCUCCUCACCAGUAAACUUCAACAACUACAUCACUCCAGUCUCUGCCACCAACAGCACCUUCUACAGCGGCGUCAACACCUGGGUCACCGGCUGGGGCAACAUUGGAACUAAUGUCUCCCUUCCUGCCCCACAAACCCUCCAGGAAGUACAAAUACCGAUUGUGGGAAACAGACAAUGCAAGUGCAGCUAUGGAGCCAGCUCAAUCACUGACAACAUGGUGUGUGCCGGGUUACUGGAAGGAGGCAAAGACUCUUGUCAGGGAGACUCUGGAGGUCCGCUGGUGAUUAAGCAGAACAACCGAUGGAUCCAAGCAGGAGUUGUGAGUUUUGGAAUAGGUUGUGCUGAACCUAAUUUCCCAGGAGUCUACACCAGAGUGUCCCAGUACCAGACCUGGAUCAAUACCCAAAUCACCAGCAAUCAGCCGGGCUUUAUCGCCUUCACCUCCACUGGAACUGACAGUGACCUCAGUGUGUCAUGUCCAGGAGUGCCACCAAUUGCUACUACUGCCACAACUAUAGCAAUUACAACAACUUAUGUAUCUCUAAUACCAACUACAACCAUCAAAACUACAGCAACCAUGACACAGCCAACAACUACAACUAAACCUACAACAGCCACCACCUAUUCAACAACCACUACAACAAAAACUACAACCCAGCCACCAUCCACCACACCCAAUGCUGUGGUUUGUGGACAGGCCACCCUGAAUUCCCGUGUCUUAAAUGGAAGUUCAGUGAUAACUGCAGGUCAGUGGCCUUGGAUGGCGAGUCUACAGAAGAAUGGAAAGCAUGUGUGCGGAGGGACACUAGUUGCUCUGGACUCUGUUCUUAGCGAUGCUAACUGCUUCACAAGAUGAGCAACUUUUGCAGGAGUUCAAGACGUCUGUGUUAGACUGUGGGACAAAUUCUACAAGUGACAGGAUUUGUACAGAUAUAUUUACACUGGAGCAGGUAAAUGGUAAGACAAAAUGUAUUGUUGGCCCUGUGAUCAUCUGCAAGACACCCCUACAGUCUCUGAUGGGGCCGCUCCUCUCUGUGACCCACCAUGGACCCGGCAACCCAAAAACCCACAGCAACCAUUCGGGUCAACUCCCCGUAUGGUGCAUGUGAUGAAGGCCUGAGGCUCAAUCAAUGAAUUAGCAAACAAUACAUUGACAAUAUCUCUGUUUUUACAGUUUAGAAUGCAAUGAAGCUCUUUUUGAACAGCAGAUAUUUCUUUUGGCACAAAGUUUCAAAUGAGCAUGGCCAUAACUGAACGGUCUUCUCUGUAGUCAUGGUAGGGGACAUUUUUAACAAAUAGGAUCUUGAAGAUUUUCCUUGUUUCUACAAGGAAGAAAGUGGACAAUAGUAGGAAUCUGAUCAGUUCACUGAUGACAUCACUAAGUAAACUUUCCUCUGUUUACCGUCUG